ACUCACGCAUUAACUCUGAGCGUAAACAACUCCGCCAAACCGGUUCAUUAUCGGUGGACGAGCUGAGUGCAUCACGUCUUAUGCUAGUUAGAUUUGCACAGAUGCAAUCAUUUCCGGACGUCUACGAUAGUUUACUUAAAAAUAAACCGAUUAAGACGAAUAGUAAACAAUAUAAUCGUAUAUCCGGUCUUAACGUGUUUUUAGAUGAUCGUAAUAAUUCAAAAGUGAUUAGAGUCGGUGGUAGAUUGUGUAAUUCCACAAGUUUCGAUUACAACAAAAAACAUCCCAUGUUAUUGUGCAGUAAACAUAAGUUAACGGUGUUGUUAUUCAAUUAUGAACACAAGCGGCUGCUACAUGGCGGACCGCAGCUACUCUUAUCUACUUUGCGUGAAUGUUGGUGGCCUUUAGGUGCGCGAAAUUUGGCAAGGAAGAUAGUUCGAGAAUGCGUUACCUGUAUUCGAAUGAAAGAUCCUACUGAUCUAUCCCCGCUCACGCCUGCCCAUUUCCUAAUUGGUCGGCCGUUGACCUGCCCUGCUAGCGAGGACCUGACGGACGUGCAGCCUUCCCGCCUGUCUCGCUACGCCAAGAUCGAAGCCCUACGUCAACACUUCUGGCGUCGUUGGGCCACGGAGUACGUUGCGGAGCUCCAGCGACGAACCAAGUGGAAGACGCAGAAAGACGACAUAGCGUUAAACAGUCUUGUUCUAAUCAAAGACGAUAACCUGCCUCCUCUCAAAUGGCGGUUAGGCCGAGUCACGCGUCUAUACCCUGGGAGCGAUGGCGUGAACCGUGUCGCCGACAUCCUCACGGCGACAGGAACAAUACGACGCAGCUUUUCAAAGAUCUGCCCGCUACUACCAGAGCCGGCAGACCUAGACGGAUGAAGACUACUUUGGGAGACGGUGCUCCCAAGGCCGGGGGCAUGUUCACGCACCUACUAGCGACAUCUAGCGGCGCUGCGACGACAACUGCUAUACCGCCCCUCUCCGCGCUCAUCUUGUCUCGGCCCAUUCGCCUCG